GGCGAGAGAAGGGCAAGUCUAUAUAAAGUGCAGCUCGGCGCCCAGCCUUUAGUCCCCGGCGUAUACCGUUAGCAGGCGGCAGCGGCUUCCCUUUCUCUGUCCGGUCCGGUGAUGGCCAAAGCUUUUCCUGAGCAAUAAGCUUCCAUCUAACAGACGUUUCCCGUUAUUAAGGAGGAAAGGCCUCCGAGCGCAAAGAAACCGUUUCGGAAAUGUACACGCUGAUGGGAGGCGGCCUGCUCUGCGCAGUCUCUGGAUUGGUCCUCCUGAUAGUCGCCACAGCAACCGACUUUUGGAUGCAAUAUCGUUAUUCCGGGAACUUGAGCAACCAAGGACUAUGGAGGUUCUGCGUGGCCGGGAAGUGCCACGCUCACACCAUCACCGUGGCUUUCUGGGACGCCACGCGGGCUUUCAUGCUGCUUUCCAUCCUGUCGUGCUUCGCGGGAAUCAUUCUGGGCCUCACAGCCUUUUCUAGUGGCGCCAAGUCGGCGAGAACCCGCUCUGCUGGGGCCACACUACUCGUGGCAGGUUUCUUCGCUCUGCUGGCUCUGUCUGUCUACACCGGGGUCACCGUUAACUUCUUUGGAAAGCGAUAUGCAGACUGGCGCUUCUCCUGGUCGUAUAUCCUGGGCUGGAUUGGAAUCAUCCUCACAGUGUCGGCAGGGAUUUUUCACAUCUGCGCCUACGUGAGAAAUGGGUCCCAAGAAUCAGCCAAUGUAUCCAGUGGAUGAUCUGAACCAAGCCGGGGGGGAUUUCCCGAGACCGACCCUCACCCUCUCCAUUGGUGGA